AUGUCAACACAAGUUUAUAGUUGUAACAAAUGUACCACCCUGGUGGGAGGUGUUAAUAAUGAAGGAGUCUAUAUACAGGUGUGUGAUUUGAAAGAGCUCGUUGAACAACGCAUCAGAACACCUGAGAUCAACUUUGGGGACCGAAGCAGUGGGAAUUUAACAAGUUACCUGGUCACUCUGGGUUGUGGGCUGGAAGCAGAUGGUGUUAUCUUCCUCGCCCACUUUGCAUAUGGCAAAAACAGCGGGUCGAACCCUGCGCAGUUCGACCUUGACUUCGUGUCCCGUAUGAUACCCGAGGUGGAGUGGGCAGCGCUCCUGGAGGUGGCCACUACCUUGCUUCUGGUUGAAGUGCCCGAAAGGCCGAUUCAGGAGGAGCAUGAUGAAGAAUUUCAGAAGAUGCACCACUCGCUGCUGGAAGGGGAUGUGUCAGAGGGCACUUUGCAAAGUCCCGAGAGCGGACGUCUGUCCCGCAACACCGGUGGGAUCCCCAACAUGCUGCUGAAUGCGGAAGGUGCCCAGACUUACCUGUGCCAGGUAGCGGUUUUCAUGCUGUGA